GCACCAGCCCUGCUGCUACUGCAGUACUCGAGCCCAGGGUAGAGGUUGGUGGAGGACGGACAGACGGACGCGCGCCGAGACACUGCGCCCCUCACCCCCACGCCGGCGCCACCGCAGCCGGUCGUCCCUCACGCGGGUGCAUCGGUGCCCAGCCGCGCACCACCAGCUGCUCGGCGCCCAGGGUUCGCCAUGCGCUCCGCCGCUGUCCUGGCGCUUCUGCUCUGCGCCGGGCAAGUUACUGCCCUCCCUGUGAACAGCCCUAUGAAUAAAGGGGACACUGAGGUGAUGAAGUGCAUCGUUGAGGUCAUCUCUGACACGCUGUCCAAGCCCAGCCCCAUGCCUGUCAGCCACGAGUGUUUUGAGACACUCCGAGGAGAUGAACGGAUCCUUUCCAUCCUGCGACAUCAGAAUUUACUGAAGGAGCUCCAAGACCUCGCUCUGCAAGGUGCCAAGGAGAGGGCCCAGCAGCAGAAGAAGCACAGCGGUUUUGAGGAUGAGCUCUCAGAGGCUCCUGAGAACCAGAGCAACCAGGCCAAGCUCAGAGAGGUAAUGGAAGAGACAUCCUCCAAGGAUGCUGUGGAGAAAAGAGAGGAUUCUAAAGAGGCAGACAAAAGUGAUGAGGACAUGGAAGGAGGCAGGCCCCAGGCCUUCCCAGAGCCCAGAAAGGAGUCCAAGACUGAGGGGAACAGCCAGACCCCUGGGGAAGAGGAGGCCACCAACACCCAGCCCCUAGCCAGCCUUCCCAGCCAGAAACACCCAGGCCCGCAGGCCGAGGCAGACAGGGAAGGUCCCUCUCAGGGUCUGGUGGACAGGCAGAAGGGCCUGAGUGCAGAGCAAGGACGCCAGGCAAAGAGAGAUGAGGAGGAGGAGGAAGAGGAGAAAGAGAAGGCAGAGGCAGUGGCGGAGGCUGGAGAGAAGGCUGUCCCGGAGGAUAAAGGCCCCACUGCAGCAUCUACCCCUCACCCGAGCCUUGGCUACAAGGAGAUCCCGAAAGGUCAGUCGGAGGCUCUGGCCGUGGAUGGAACCAGGAAGCCUGGGGCUGAGAAGGCUCGGCCCUCACAGGGCAGGGGACAACAGGAGCACUCCCAGCAGGAAGAGGAAGAGGAGGUGGUGGCAGGGGCCCCUGGAGGCCUCUUCCGGGGUGGGAAGAGUGGGGAACUGGAGCAAGAGGAGGAGGAGGAGCAGCUCUCCAAGGAGUGGGAGGAUGCCAAGCGCUGGAGCAAGAUGGACCAGUUGGCCAAGGAGCUAACAGCUGAGAAGAGGCUGGAGGGGGAGGAUGAGGAGGACAGCCCUGACCGCUCCAUGAAGCUCUCAUUGCGGGCCCGGGCCUAUGACUUCAGGGGCCCAGGGCCACAACUGCGACGAGGCUGGAGGCCAUCCUCCCGGGAGGACAGCGUGGAGGCUGGCCUGCCCCUUCAGGCCCGCAGCUACUCCGAAGAGAAGAAGGAGGAAGAAGGCAGUGCUAACCGCAGACCAGAGGACCAGGAGCUGGAGAGCCUGUCGGCUAUUGAGGCGGAGCUCGAGAAGGUGGCUCAUGAGCUGCAGGCGCUGCGGCGGGGCUGAGGUACCUAUCAGUGGGGCUGGCCAGAGCCCUGAGGCACCCAGUGGUCCUGGCCCUGCUGUGCCCUUUGCAGGUCCUGGCCACAUGGCCUGGACACUGCUUCUGGUAGGAAAGUGGCCUGUAGCUUGCCCAAGCUCAGGCCACCCUUCUGCCCCCUGGGUUCCUGUACUCCUGCUCUCAACCCUGCCCCAGAAUGCCCCUCCGCUGGGUGGACCCCCCACAACUUUAAAACAUUGAUUAUUUCUUUUCUGAACACAGGCAGCUUUCUAGAAGUUUCCUUUCCAAUAUCAUAUCCACUGGGCACAACUGCAAUAACUUCUAACCUUUUGGUGAAAGCUGAGAACUCCUAACUGUAAUACGUUCUCUAUAAAAUUUAUCUAAGGAAAAAUAAAUCUGUUCUGGGCUCUUU